AUGGAGCGAUUAUCCCUCAACGACAGCCCUGCGGGCGGACAGCAGCAGCGAAACCAACAGUUUCCUCAACAGAAUGACCGAGCCCUCGGUCCCUCGGCCCCAGGCCAGAUGGGCCAGCAGCAGCAGACCUCCGGCCCGCCGCAAUUGCCCCCCCAGAUGUUCACGACCGCGGCCCAGUUGCUCGACUUGACAGAUACGAAUCUCGUCCUUCAGGAAACCAUCGAACGAAUCUACGCCGGGAAUCUGUACGCCGAUGUGCCGCGCGGCAUUUUCCUCGUUCGCGGCGAGAAUGUUCUUCUUCUAGGCGAAGUGGACCUCGACCGCGAGGAUGACAUCCCCUCCUCCGUCACCAAGGCCUCGUUCGAGGAGGUCUUCGAACUCAAGAAGAAGGAAGACAGCCUGCGCAAAUCCGGCGAUAAGAAGCGCCACACUCAGUUAGCGGCGCUCGGGUUUGAGCCGGAGCAUAGCGGUGAGAUUUUGUUUUAG